AUGGCAACCAGAAGCCAAAAGUUCAAAGACUUUGUCUCUGAGCCCAUGGGAAAUAAGACUGUUACAGAAGUAGACGGCGUUGAUGAGGAGCUUGGAUCUAAACUAGCUGCAAAAGGUUUUGACAAGGCGUACAUCCUGCUAGGCCAGUUCCUUCUCCUGAAAAAGGAUGCUUUGAUUUUCCAGCAGUGGUUGAAAGGUACUUUUGGUGCCAGUUCGAGGCAGGCUAUGCAGUGUGCCACCUGCCUAACAGAAUGGUGCUCUACCACCCUGUAA